AUGCAAAUGAAGAAAAUAGAACGGGAAAAGUGCCCAGACUGCAAGGAAGAGGAGAAUAUUAUAGAAGAUUACAAGAAUGGAUAUAAUGUAUGUGGUUCAUGUGGGUGUGUUGUAGGGAGUAGAAUAAUAGAUGAACGAGGAGAAUGGAGAACAUUUAGUGACUCUGGGGAGAACCCAAGCCGAGUAGGAGGACCAAACAAUCCCUUCCUGGACACAGAGCAGCUAGACACAUUAAUUUCUUCUGGUUCUGGGCUUGCAUCGUACAGUCUUGCUAAGACCCAAAUGAAAAGCAGCUUGCGUGGCCCAGAGCGUGCACUUAUUAAUGGGCUUAAUCUAAUAACCGCAUUUUGUGAGAGGAAAAAUCUCUCAAAGACAAUAUCAGAUGCAGCAAAAUACGUAUUUAAGACAGUGGAAAAUAAGAAGGUUCUAAAGGGAAAGAACUUGGAGGGAAUUGGGGCUGCCUGCAUAUACAUUGCAUGCAGACAGGCUGGUUUUGUCCGUACGUUUAAAGAAGUGAGUAUACUAACAGCAGUUCCUAAAAAAGAGAUAGGAAGGUGCUACAAAGCCAUAUUCCCACAUAUUGAUAAGCUUGCUGUUGUUUCAACAGAGGACAUUGUGGCAAGAUUCUGCUCAGAUCUAACACUAAGCAUAGAUAUACAGAAGGUUGCCUUGACAAUUAGCCAAAGGGCACAGGCCAUAGGAUGCAUAGCCGGAAAGUCCCCUGACUCCAUUGCAGCUGCCAUUAUAUAUUUGAUCACAUACUUAUUCCCCAUGCAGAAGAAAAUACAGAAGAACAUUCAGAUAGUCACAAAUGUAACAGAUGUGACGAUAAAAAACACGUACAAAGAGCUGCUUCCAUAUAGAUAUGAAUUAGUCCCAGAGGGCAUUGUGCCAAAGCACAUUCUAGACUCCCUUCCCAACUCAUAA